AACAUCUCCUGGCUCGCCUGAGCACCUCUACACAGCUUUCUGAACUCUCCGCACAGACCGCGACAGCCCUCGAUCCACUCUACCAUGAGCGCCUUCCUCACCGAGAGCCUCGCCGGCCGCGUCCUGUUCGCCAUCCCCAAGAAGGGCCGCUUGUACGAGAAGUGCCUCCAGCUCCUUGCCGGUGCCGACGUCCAGUUCACGCGCUCGAACCGCCUCGAUGUGUGCCUUGUGCGCAACCACAACAUGGCUCUUGUGUUCCUCCCGGCGGCCGACAUCCCGCGGUUCGUCGGCGAGGGCAACGUCGACUUUGGCAUCACUGGGCAGGACAUGGUCGCCGAGGCCGACGUCAACGGCCUCGUGUCCGAGGUGCUCGCGCUCGAGUUUGGCAAGUGCAAGCUCCAGGUCCAGGUGCCGCUCGCGGGCGACAUCAAGACGGUCGACGACCUCGUCGGUCGCAAGGUCGUCACCAGCUUCGAGGUGCUCGCGGGCCAGUACUUUGGCGAGCUCGACCGCAAGAGCGCAAAGGGCGUCCAGACCAAGAUCGAGUAUGUCGGUGGCAGCGUCGAGGCGGCGUGUGCUCUCGGGCUCGCAGACGGCAUCGUCGACCUCGUCGAGUCCGGCGAGACGAUGCGCGCCGCCGGCCUGCACCCGAUCGAGACGAUCCUCACCUCUCAAGCCGUCCUGAUCCGGUCCAACAAGCCCAAGCCCUCUAGCGACGCGUCGCACGCGGCCCUCAUCGACCGCAUCUCGCAGCGCAUCGCCGGCGUCGUCGCCGCGGGCAAGUUUGUCCUGUGCAACUACAACAUCCGCCGCGACAUGGUGCCCGAGGCGACUAAGGUGACGCCGGGGAGGCGGGCGCCGACCGUGAGCCCGCUCGACGACCCUGAGUGGGUCGCCGUCAGCUCGAUGGUGCUCAAGGCCCAGGUCGCAGACGUCAUGGACCGUCUUCAGGAGAUCGGCGCAAGCGACAUCCUCGUCGUCGGACUGCAAAACUGCCGCGUCUGAGCGGGCACCGGUGGAACGAGGGAGAGAGAGACUAUAGACUGGAGGAGGGACGCAAUCGAGCUCUCGUAUUGUACAUCUCU